AUGACGGGCGGUAUGGAUAUUGACUUCACUCGGCGCAACAAGAAGCCGCGCCCACUCUCAGAGCACGAGAAAGAGAAGCUGGACGAGUUUGUGGAUGCGAUCCAUUACUCCGCCAGGUAUUCCGACGACGAGAAUGAGUAUCGUCACGUGCAGCUCCCAAAGCAGAUGCUCAAGGUCAUCCCCAAGGACUACUUUGACUCGCGAGGCACCCUGAAGCUGUUGUGGGAGGAGGAAUGGAGGGCGCUUGGCAUCACCCAGAGCUUGGGUUGGGAGCACUACGAGGUCCACGAGCCAGAACCACACAUCUUGUUAUUCAAGCGACCGAUCAACUACCAGCCUCCCAUGCACUAGAUGCGAUCUCACCCCCCGUCAGAGUCAGACGAAGAGAGCCUCUCGAGGCCACACGCGACGAGCAACGCGCUCGGCCCCCAGGAUAUGGCACAUUUCUUGCGGCGAUACUUGCCGGCUUCUUUGUGUAUUUUGAGCGCGACAUGUUAGAUAUAACGACGAUAUGAUAAUGGUUUGGACAGAGAACUUGCCGACUCCGGAGCCGCGUGGCUAGUGCCGAGACACCGCACGAAGACGCCUGCUAGGACGGCCUUGAAGCCCACGUUUGUACAUAGUUGUAUGACUGUCGCGAGAGUCGCUGCAGCUGCUAGGUACGAAACGUUAUGCCCGGGCUCAUAGACUCCUUCCAG